AUGAUCAAUCUAAUAGCAAUGCAUCAUGGAUUAAGUAGUACAACUAAUAUUCGGAGAAUCACUAUCAACAUUGAAGACAUGGGUAUAAACACACUCUACAUCAAUCCAUUGAGUACCAUCCACGAUAUGAAAGACAAGAUUCAAAGUGAAGUAGGCAUCCCAUUUGAUGAGCAAUAUCUAGCGAUUAACGGCGCCGAGGUUGAUGAUCAAAGACUUGUUUCGUACUACAAUAUUGACGAUGACUCCAUCAUUCAUUUAAUUAUAAUGAACAACGGAACGCAUACAACUUUUGAUCCUCCGGCUGUUCCAAAUACAACAUCGAAUAAUGCUCCCAAUACAAACACUUCACUCUCUCCUUUCUAUGUGGCUUGUCGUAAUAAUGAUAUUACGAAACUUCAACAGCUCCUUCAAACACUUUCGAUUGAUGACAUGAAUAAAUUAGAACCAAAUGAAAGUACAGGCUUACAUGUGGCUUGUUUUCGUGGGCAUCAAGAAAUUGUUAAGUUACUUUUGGAAAAAGGGGUUAGUCGAAAUAUUAUGAACGGAUUCCAUUGUUUACCAUAUCAAGAAGCGGCAUCAAAUGAAAUUCGACAACUUUUUGACCUUAUACCUGAACAAAACCGCUAUGUAGCCAACUCUGGCCAGGUAGAAUGGCUACUGAUUUCUUCAAACGCACAAGCCACGUCAGCUACACGUCUAGAAGCUUUACGACAACUUGGAAAUGAACCAAUUCGGUCUGCCGCCCAAAGAAUAAUCGACAAUUACAUCAAGCCUCAUUUUCGAGAUAUUCCAAACUACGAUGAACUCUUAAGACAUUUCACCAUGGCUCUUAGAGAAGGGGAUCCAAAAUAUUUUGUCAAAGCUUACACGGCUCAAACAGGAUUUUAUACUAGACUUAAUGUUCACUUAGCCGCAGACACCGAUGUGGGAAGAGCAGAACGUAAGCUCUAUGUUG